GAAGAGAGCGGCUCUUCAGUGUUCGCCAUUGCUGUCAUACAAUCGACAUUACCGCGAUUCCCCUGAACGUUACGCUACGCUCCCCGACGUCGCCCGCCCCGUGUUCUCCAAAGGUCGAUACCACGUCGUUCCUGGCCGGGGGCAUCGGCUGUGGCUCUCCAUCUGGGCGUGAAGAACGCCUCCUCCUCGGUCUCUUCUUCGCCUUCUUCAUCUUGCAAGAUACGGACGGGGGUGUCUCUCUCUCUCUCUCUCUCUCUCUCUCUCUGUCCAGGCAUCGCAUCGUAGUCGACGUUGUCCUCUGGGCACAGUGAAGUGAUACUAGCUGGGUCUACGUAGCGUUGACAAGAAGUCCUGAAUAUUUAAUACCAACACCUUCCCCCCUCGUUUGUUGGUGUGUAGACGUGGUUGUGCCUGGCAGACUGUCACCCAUUUCUGUUUUUUUUGGGGGGAGGCGAGUUUCUUUGCGAACAAGCGCAUGCAUCAAAAUUUUAGACUGCUUGCAUAUAAGCUGAUGUGAAAACGGAAGUACAGACGAAUAUAUAAAUUGACGAUUUAUACUAAAUUUUUGUUGGAAAGUCUCGCCAGACCUCGCUGCGUGUAAGCUGAGAUCUACGUGACUAUAUAAAUGAUUUAAAGGGUCGUAUUUAUAUCUGGGGAUUGGUUGCCAUAUAUAUUGACGUCAUGGAAGAGUGGCCAUAAAAAGCACAUUGGAAAAUGCGAUAAAUUUGUCUAAAAGUCAUUAUAAACCUGACUGGAUCUAACUUGAUACGUGAAUAGAAAAAAACAUAAAAUAAUUGAAUGAAAAACUAAAUGGAUAACAGUAAUUAUUUACAAAAAUGAUUAUAUAAACUAGACCAUUGAUCGCGCACCCGGGAAACAGUGAAUAUCCAAAAAAAUUUUAAAAAAAAAUCAAAAGUCGUCAGGAGUUUUGUCAGUCAAAACAUAAAAUCAUUUAUAGUUGUCAAGACUUCCUUCAGCCUCUUCAUAGAAGGUCGCAAAAAUGCAGGUGCUUGGAAGAGCAAUGAUGCUAAUAACCACCCUUCACUUACCAGGUGUCUUUGGCUACGAUCCCGAAGCCAGCAUCACCGGCCUGUACACCGGACCGUACUUCGAUCCUUUGGCUCCGAGGAACCUCACGGCUCACUUGGGAGACACGGCCACCCUCCCUUGUACCGUGCGACAACUGGGGGACAAAUCAGUGUCGUGGGUCCGGAUGCGAGACGCGGACAUCCUGACGGUGGACAGGUACACCUUCGUCGGAGACGAGAGAUUCGAGUCGCAUUAUUCCACCGCCCAGGAGACCUGGAACCUGGUCAUCAAGUACGUGCAGGAGCGCGACGCCGGUCUCUACGAGUGCCAGGUAUCCACUGAGCCCAAGAUGAGCCAGCUCUUCAGCCUGCGAGUCGUCAUACCCAAAGUGACCAUCUCUCCUCCCGGAGACAGAUUCGUCAAGUCAGGGAGCCAGGUCCAGGUCGACUGUCAGAUCUCGGAUGUGGUCCAGCUCCCCGACUACAUUUUCUGGUACCGCGAGGGCAAGAGAGUUCUCGACCAGAAGGAUCCUAAUAUGUUGGUGACGGUCAAUCAAACAGGAGCGGAGUCCAUCACCUCAACCUUCAUCAUCCACAAGGUUAAAAGAGAGGACAGCGGGAACUACACUUGCAUGCCUUCCAACCUGCACGCAGCAUCUGUCACUUUGCACGUACUUAACGAAGAACAUCCCGCCGGUCUUCAGGGUGAGCGCAACACCAGCGCUUCCAGCAGUCUUAGGACCAACAUCUUCACCACCCUGUGCGCACUCCUGGUCUUGAUUGCCUGGUCUCCGGGGAUGGAAACUUUCUAUUUCACUGACACGGAACCUCAGCUUUCAGAACAGGACGAUUCUGAAAGGCUGGAGGUUAUUCAUUCAGUGUCUACAUCUAGCCACGAGACUAUUUUGAAAGGUAUUUCCAUAUCAGGGGAAUCGAUGGGAUCCCACCGACAGGAUUCCGAAGUACGACGGGCGCUCGCUGUUAGUUCCAGACGGUGAUGCAAUGGACCCCAUUCAUUAUUUGAUAAACUCUAAAAAGUAAAUAUUGUAAAUAUUAGUCAACUUUCUAUUCGUUUGGGUAUUUGGAGUGGACAGCAAAGAAAGCCCCAAGUCUAAUUCAAUAAAAGCUCAUCUGUACCAUUUCUCUGAAACAUUAACACUGACAAUAAUUGCCCAUAGAUAGAUAGUUGCUAUAAAAGGUCUUAUCAAUAGCCUCACUCUUCUUUAACAUACAGACAGGCACCAGAGAAGUAGGGUAUACAACAGAAUUGUAGGUAUUUGGUUGACAGAACAUUGCAAUAUACCUACCAACCGACAGGACAAAAUGAUUGGUUGCUGUAAGGCAUGCCAUAAUUGAUAAAAUGUGGUAAGACUGUGACUGGAGGGAUGUCAUAAGAUAUUCUCAGGUUAGUGGAAUGGUGUAAGACUGUUGUAGGUAGGAUGUGGUUGGAACAUCUUCGAUAAGAAUUACAUAUGCUCCGUAUAUGAAAUACUCCAAAUGGUAUGAUGCUGUAAGACAGUCAGUAAUGAACAGGAUUUGGUAUAGUAUUUUGUGAUAGAUAUAAGAUAAUGCAUGAUUGGAAGAAUGUUACUGGGUAACCUGCAAUUUGCAGGAUGUGCCAAUAGCUUGUAGGGCAAGAAGAAUGUUGGAAUACUCUGUGGCAAUGAGAAGGCACUAGGACAAUGAGGCUGGGGGGAUUUAGCUCUGUAACUAGUAGAAUAUCGUAAGAUGUUCUGUAACUGACAGGAUUUGGUGAGGUGCUAUGUAACUGGUAGGUUGUGGAAGGUACUCUGUGGUAGAUAAUUGAUAAGAUGUGGUAAGACAUCACAACGGGUAGAAUGAGGAGAGGUGCUUAGUAUUGGAAGAGGACUGUAAAACACUCAGGGAUUGGUAGGACGUAAUAUGGUGCUCCUUAAUUGGUAGAAACUCCUACUUGAGCAGUGCUGUAAGGCGCUGUUGAUUGUAGGAAGGGUGUAGGUAUUGUGCGGACAGGUAGAGGCUCUCUUAUUGACAGGAUGCUGCCAGGUGCUCUGUAAUAAAUAAGAUGGUUUAGGAUACUCUGUGACUGGUAGAUAUGAUACUGGUCAUAAAAAGAAACUGAUCGAAGACAUGGUGUCAGAUACUGUCAGUAUAUAUCUUAAAGAGACCAUGAAGUGAAAAAGUGAAAACCAAGGUUAAACUUCAAGUUUCAUGAUCAACCUGCAGUUUUAUUAUUCAUUCUCGGCUACAGAUUUGACGUUGAAAAGCAAUGAGUAAAACUUCUAAUUUGAGAUGCUCUCAACGGCAGCAAAAAGGAUAUUAGAGCAUAGUUGGGUUCAGGCACGAGCUGUUGGUGACUCAAAUCAGAGACAGUACUGAAAUAUAAGCCUCAGUAAGUAUAGCGAGCCUCAAAGUUAAGCCUCCAACAAGGACGUUGGAUUUGAAUACCCUACAAUCUCGCCUGUGGGGAAAGAUAAUAUCCAUUGUUAGGGCUGGGAAAAUGAGCCUUUAAGGUUUGUAGCCAGAAGGAAAAGACUCUCAUGCUGUCACAAAUCUGUACAAAAAGAGAGAGUCAACUAAACUAAUUUUGCAAUUUGCUUAGAAAACGAAAGUUAGUGAAGCUUGCGACAGAUUUUAGGAGGUCUGAUAAAGAGUGGAAAUAGGUCACAGUGAGGCCAGACGAUCUUUCAACAGUUUUGGAGGCCUAAGGUAUAAAUUAAAUCCAAGAUCCCUAAUUCAUAUAUUUUUUUACUCUUGACAAAUUAUUGUAAAACAGUAAUACAAAUACAGAUGAAAAACAUUUUAAGAAUAUAUGUUAGGAUAAUCAUGACAGAGACAACGUAAUUAAGCAAAUAUACGCUAGACAGAAUUCCAAUCUGUAAAGAAUGAACCCAAAAGACUUCAUUUCCAUUAAAAUGAAAUUAUGAGCAUUCGACCAAGUAGGUGAUUGCCGAUGCAAAAGAUCUGUUGCUGAUAAGUAAAAUGACAGGCAAUUUCCUGCAGUCAGUUGGGCGUAAAUUUGACCUCAAAAGAAAAUAGAUCCUCUGAUGCCGAACUGCUUACUUGGGGAGUAAGCCUACAAACUACUUUGUUGUUGGUUGAAAGGGGUUAGGAAAGGUCUGUGGAAGAGCCUAAAAAGGUCAGAAAAAGGUGUUUUGCGUUGAGUGAAAGAUACAAGAGUUUUAGGAUAUGAUAUUUAUGAUUUAUUUAUUAGAAUGAAAAUGUAAAAUAUAAGUAACGUGCAUUUUAAACAGUACAGAAUAAUGAUUCCUAAUAAAAUAUAGCGUAUUUAUUUUAAUUUUCGUUGGUGAAAAAAGGCUCUAUUUUACUAUAUUUUAACAAGUUUUAAUUUACGUUAAAUUAGGCAUAUAAUGUUUACAACUUACUCGUAAGGGGAAAAUCUUGUGUGUCCCAAGUAAGCUGCAGGUUGGAUCACGCCUUGUUAGUUUUGAAGACUUUCCAAAGACUACAGUUGUUGUUCAUGAUUGUUUCAGAAUGUUUUUAUCAUUCAGUUAGAAUGUUUACUUCUAUUUUCACUUCAAGUUUCUAGAACUGACUUAACCCUUCACCUUUCAUUAAUCAACAUCCCUUGAGAAAGUAUGGUCCGCUGGUGUAGUGGUUAGGGUCGUGGGACGCCACUCAGAUGUCGCGGGAGGUUCGCGUCUCCACCAGGACGAUGAAAUAUCACUGGCUCUGUAUCCAGAUCAGUUACUGCUGCAGUGUUGUUGGUUCUUCAGCGGUGGGAGGUUGAAAUCAACAUUCUUUGCAAGCUUGAAUUUCAAGUCAUUGGCCCCUUUGGUGUGCUUGUUCCAUGUGGAUAGGUUUCAUCUACUGAAAUAAUUAUAAUUUCGUAUCCUUUGAUUGGAACAUUUCCUGUUAUAGAAUGAUAUGAUUCAAUUUACGAUUAUGUUUGAGGACCCUUCCAGAGUACGGUUAUUAAUACGAAAGUUUUAGAAUAACAGUAAUGGAAUUCGGAUCUCAUUGUCACCCAUAUCCACUCGCAACAGACCCGCUAAAUUUUCUAAGAGUUUCCUUGAUCGUUUUCACAAAAAAAGAGAUAAACAUUUGGGGGACUGUAAAGACGACUUUAUGGUAAUGACCAAAGCGUUUAUACUCUCUAAAUACACUGAUAAGAAGUUAGAAAUUGGCAGGAACAAUUGGUCUGUGAGGAAUUCCGUGAGUUGAUCUCAUAAUGGGUAUUUUUUGUUCCACUUCAUUGACGAAAUACAGUUCACCUAUAAAUAUAUAUACAUAAUACAUACAUACAUAUAUAUA